CGCGCGCUUCCGCCAGGGGGCGGUGCCUACCGCGCCUACCGCGGCGAGUCGGAGCCGUACGGGAGUGGAGCGGAGACGGCGGCAGGGAGCCGGGUCUUACUGGGAGGGACGCACGCUCGUCUCCACCCCGACCGAGUGCCCGUCGCGCCGGGCUCUGCGGACCAGGUGGCGACCGGUGGCCCCAGAUCUCUGUCCCUGCACUGCCUGAGGCCCCCGCCAUGGCCCAGCAGAGAGCCCUGCCGCAGAGCAAGGAGACACUGUUGCAGUCUUACAACAAGCGGCUCAAGGACGACAUCAAGUCCAUCAUGGACAACUUCACCGAGAUCAUCAAGACUGCCAAGAUCGAGGACGAGACUCAAGUGUCGAGGGCCACUCAGGGCGAGCAGGACAAUUACGAGAUGCACGUGCGAGCUGCCAACAUCGUCCGAGCCGGUGAGUCCCUGAUGAAACUGGUGUCCGACCUCAAGCAGUUUCUCAUCCUCAAUGACUUCCCAUCGGUGAACGAGGCCAUCGACCAGCGCAACCAGCAGCUGCGAGCCCUGCAGGAAGAGUGUGACCGGAAGCUCAUCGCCCUGCGGGAUGAGAUCUCCAUCGACCUGUACGAGCUGGAGGAGGAGUAUUACUCGUCCAGCUCAAGUCUUUGCGAAGCUAAUGACCUGCCUCUGUGCGAAGCUUACUGGAGGCUGGACCUCGACACAGACUCUGCUGAUGGCCUCUCAGCCCCUGUGCUGGCAUCCCCGGAGCCCAGCGCUGGCCCCCUGCAGGCUGCAGCCCCUGCCCACUCCCAUGCCACUGGCCCCGGCCCCACAGAGCACGCCUGAGCCUCCCAGGGUUCCUUCCCCUCCCCGCCACCCUAGGUUCUUAAGUCUGGGGUGGCCUCCUUGGGACCUUUAGCCCAGGGACAGCACCCCCCAGAGUGUUGGGGAAGAUACUGCCCUCAACCGUUUCCAAGGUAGCCCGUCCCUCGGAGAUGCCACCUCUGUUCACUGCCCACCUGGCCUGCUGGGCAGACGUUUCCUAGACAGUGUGUCCAGGCCAAUAGUGGGGCCGGAGGACGUCCUGCUAUGUACAAGCCACAGGGUGGCACUCGGUGGACAGUACUGGCCACGUCCACGCUCCACCCUCCGGUCCCCCGUGCAGGGAUGCACCUGCUGCUUUGUCCUGAGGGCCCCUGGUAGCGGACCGUCCUCGCAGGGUUGUGGUGGGGAGAGGGAUGCUGAGAGCAAGGGACCUUCCUCACUCUGCCACACACAUUCCGGUGGGUUCUGUAACAAGACAGUUGAAUAAAAACAGCACUGCCAUCU